CACACACACACACACACACACACACACACACACACACACACACACUUACCUCCUACUGGUAUUUUCUUCGCUCCUUUCUUUUCACAAGCAUAUCCUUCUUCUCCUUUCUCUAUUCUUCCAUGUGGAUAUACAUGCCUUCAUUCUUUCUCGAGUUUUAUGAUUGGAGCCAAAGCUUUCUGUAUACCAGAUGUGUUUCACCCUGUUGGGAGGGAGCCAUGUCUUGUUUUUUUCGCCAUGAAAAGAAUGGCUGUGUUUUAUUACAAAUACAUUUGUCUUUAAUAAAGGAAAGGGUUCUCUAAGAAACUGCCUUACUGUGAUAUUUAUCAAAGUGGUCCUUCAACUUUCCUACCUUGCAUUAACACAGUUGAUGGGGUGUACUUGAUAUAAGCCAUGUUGAUGUGCAGAGAAGCAGGGGCAAGUAGGUGCAAACCAGCACCUAAAGUUUAACGCUUUUUUUAUAGGUGCAAAGACUUUUCUCAUAUAUUAAUCCUUUUUUAAGAAACCAUCUGCUCAUCACACAGUUACAGUAUCAAAACACACACACACACACACACACACACACACACACACACGUACACACUAACUUGGCUCUGAGUUGUGUUUACUUCCCAAUGUAUGGGGUCGAAACUCGUCCCGCCCAACCACUGAAGACGGGGGACAACAUCUGUCCGCCAUCUUUGUCAGUGCUGCCAAGUAUUAUGAGAACGCACACAGCAGUAGUUCCGGAUGGCUCUCAAUGUGCCCGGCCUGGCGGUGAUGGCAGUGUUCUACCUUUUGAUCUUGGGCACGGGCAUCUGGGCGUCCCUGCGUUCCAAAAAGGAGGAGAAGAAUUUCAAGGGAGACGGCAUGGAGAUGACGCUAUUGGCCGGGCGUAACAUCAACUUGCUCGUCGGCAUCUUCACUCUUACAGCUACGUGGGUGGGUGGAGGCUUCAUCCUUGGUAUAGCUGAGGCAACAUACAACCCAACACUGGGCGCAGUGUGGGCCCUCAUGCCUGUGCCCUAUGUACUGACCUUCUUCUUAGGUGGCUUUUUCUUUGCCAAGCCCAUGAGAGAGAACAAGUAUGUGACAAUGAUGGACCCCUUCCAGCAGAAGUAUGGGAAUGUCCUGAGCGUUCUGCUAAUCUUUCCCGCACUAGUGGCUGAUGUCCUGUGGGUGGCACGCACACUCGUCAGCCUGGGGGGAACUAUGAGCGUGAUCCUGGAUCUGUCCUACGUCUACUCCAUCGUCAUCUCCUCAGUGGUGGCCAUAAUCUACACUCUGCUGGGGGGGCUCUACUCUGUGGCUUACACAGACGUUAUCCAGCUCAUCCUCAUCUUUUUCAGCCUGUGGGUGUGUGUUCCUUUCCUGUUGACCAACCCUCACUCUCUGGACAUCUCACUGACGGCCUACAACCAGACAUUCCAGGCUCCCUGGGUCGGAACGGUGAAGCUCGACGAGGCCGGAAAGUGGUUUGACGACUUCAUGCUGCUGGCUCUAGGGGGCUUGGCCUACCAGGCGUUCUACCAAAGAAUCCUGUCAGCCUCAUCUUACACCCAGGCUCAAGUGACCUGCUUUGCCUCCUCAGCCUUCUGCCUGGUGCUGGGUAUCCCCUCUGUGCUGGUGGGAGCUGUGGCUGCAUCUACAGACUGGAACUCAACCAGCUAUGGAUUGCCCACCCCAUAUGAGCGUAACCAGGCAGGCUCUAUCCUCCCUAUCGCCCUGCAGUACCUCACGCCCACCUACAUCUCUGUCAUCGGCAUUGGAGCUGUCGCUGCCGCUGUCAUGUCCUCCAUGGACUCAGCGCUUCUGUCCUCCGCCUCAUUGUUGUCCUCAAAUAUUUACAAGAACAUCCUCAGGAAGCAGGCUUCAGACCGUGAGAUGCAGUGGGUGAUCCGUAUCUCAGUGGUGGUGGUGGGUAUUGCUGGCACCUCGCUUACCUUCCUGGACAGCAGCGUCCUGGUCUUCUGGCUCGUGGGUGUGGACAUGUCCUACACAAUCAUGUUCCCUCAGCUAGUCUGCAUCCUCUUCUUCAAGGUUUCUAACGGUUAUGGCGCCAGCGUGGGCUACAUGAUUGGAAUAAUCAUGAGGCUCCUGAGUGGCGAGCCCCUCAUCGGCCUGCCACCCGCAAUCAAGUUCCCCGGCUGUCGGCUGGAUGCCGAAGGAAAGUUAACCCAGUACUUUCCCUUCCGCACCACCAUCAUGAUCAUGUCACUUGUGUCCAUUCUGCUGUUCUCCUGGUUGGCGUCCAUCAUUUUCAACAAGGACCUGCUUUCCGAGAAAUGGGAUUUGUUUAAGAUCAAACGCAAGCAGAAACCUGUGACCAUAGCCACAGACGACAAGAGGACCAACUCGGAUAACGAAGAGGCCUCCACGGCAAAGCAGCUUCUGGACACCACCAGCUUCUAAGGAGGCUCACAAAAAUGGAGGGAAGGUGGGCACUGGGUGGAGGCAGACAUGUUUGUUUGUCUGGCAAGCAAGAGUUCACAGAGGGAACAAUGGCAAAGACGGGACAUUGAGUACAGACUCUUUACAGUAUCACAGUGAAUUUGUGACGAUGACAUAUACAUCAGUGGAGUGUGUGCUGAGCUCUCUGGUUCCUUACCUAAUCCAUUGUCUCAUGGUCUUCUACACAGAAUGCAGUCAAAACAGACACCCUGGGUAGGUUACACUCGCACACGAGCUAUAACACAGAGCAAAGAUUAUAACAUAGAUAAAGGCCCAAAUAAAAUACCAGAUCAUCAUACAAUCCCUGUAAUAGAAGCAGUCCACAAAUUGAAACCAAAGGCAAAUUCAACCAUAAAACCAUUUAAAUGAAUUUCCAAAAACAAGAUUUUGAGUUAAAUAUUCACAAUGAUGCAACAUAUACCUCCCCAUUCAUUAGAUAUUCUUAAAUAAAGAUUGCACAACCACACUAAUUGAGACCAGCCUAACACCAAGAAGGGCUCCUUUUUGACCGUGGUGGACUUGCUUUAAGGUCACCCGCACAAGAAAUGGACUUCAUGACUAAGAAAUCAGUCCAGCACAAUCAUGAUAAAAUAGUUUACAGAGUAAAAAUCUGUUUGCAUCAGAUUUUUCUUUCGCAAGAGAGAGUGAGUUAGACUCAAGUCACGUCUUCUCAGAAAAAAAGGAAUUCAAGCCAUCCUCUCCAUCCUUUAUUAAAGGAAUCAUUGAUUAGCUUGACUCGGGUGUGGCUGGUAGGAGAAAUGUCUCGUGAUGACGCAAUCAUUGUUCUUGUGUACUUCUCUCUGUGUGAUCCUCUGCAAAUGAUUUGACAAGCAAGACAGGGCUCUCUUUCAAACCAGAACAAAGAAAUGCUCCUCAACGAACAAAGAAUGAAUCCAUACUUGUAUGCACUGUUCCAUGACGCGUCUGAGAAGGAUGUUUUCUUAUUUUCUCUACUGGAUCUUCUACCUUCAGCUGUACUACACAGCAACAGUAAUUAUUCUCAGCAUAUUGGUUAAAAUAAGACCAUUUUGACAUUGACAAUGUUACUCAUAUAAACAAAGUAGCAUUGCUUCGUAACUGUGAUUUUAUUUCAAAUGUAAAUGUACUGGUCCCUGAUCACCAAGCUAUGUUUUUAUCAUAAAUCUUUCCUUAGCAACAGCCCACUGUCCUGACAGUGCUUCUUGGAUUUCACAAAAAUGAAUCUGAAUAAAUGGAAGGAGAGAGUAAUCAGAGCAGAUUCAACUAUAUUAUAUAAAAACUAUAUUUCCAUGUACAUUUUUUGCAGUGAAACCUUUACCUCCAUCUUGCAAAUACUGUUCAGUAAACACAAACAUGUUAGAGACAGAUUUGUUUCUACCGUACUGUGACAACAUUUAAAACCACGGAUGACUUCUGCCCCGUCAAACUGCUCUGAGUUGGGUUGCAGUACAAUGGUGUUUGGCUUUAUUGUGGAAGCAACAAUAAAAAUCACAAAUGGUGACCAAAAGCUCACAGUCGGUUUGUUUGAUGGGUUAGGUUUGUUCCAACUCCACCUAUUACUAUUUAAUUUAACCCAUUUUAUUGUGAAAAAAACCCCCAGCAAGCCACACUCACUGUAAGCCCAUUCCCCUCAGCUGCGUUUUACUCUCAUGAUAGAAAACUGAAUGUGGAAAGUGAGUGUCAGACAUCUUCCUCCUUGUUUUUUUCUAACCGUCAGUCAGUAUGAGCCUUUCAGUUCAGUGUUUUUUUAAUUGUAUAGCUGCUGCUGUUGUUUUGUUGUUUUACUUGUAUGCAAAGCUGUAGUUUAAAGUGAGAUCAGUUUUUCCUCUGAAGCAGUUUCUAAUCAUUUGAAAUCAAGUUUCACAAGUUCAAAUUUUAACCCUCUUUUGAUGAUUGGACAUUUAUUAGAGAACUGACUAUUUAAUUCGUCAGUGUGGUUUUUAAUGUUAAAUGUUUUGUUGUCCUGAGCUUCGAUAGAAGUGAAAUUUCUACUAAUGAGUGACUGCCACAAAGCCGUCCUCUUAUCAUACUGUUACAUUUUGAAUAUCACUGGAAACUGGUUUCACUCCACUGUCAACACUUAUUUGCUGCACAUCGUAACAUGUUCAGUCACUGCUCAAAUACCUCAUGGAACGGUUGGCUUGUAUACAAACUUCAACCUAUGAUUCUGACGUCUACAGUAUCCUAAGCAUAUCAUAUGAAUGUAAUUUUUCAAAGAAUAAUGGCUGAGGACAAACUGUCUGAAAACAUGACGCAUGCAGAACACAACACAUGCAUCUUUUUAUACGUGUGAUUGUGAUUUCUACCUGUAUUAUAUUCUUGUACAGUCUGAUCAUGAUUUGUUUAUUUACACUUUUUAUCAAAGUUGAUUGCUAUGCAUUAAGUAGACGAGAAACAUAAAUGUAUUUUAUCUCGAGUAACCAACAUAAAGUUUUAACUUCAGUUCAAAGUAUUUUUACCUCCACCUGUCAUCUGUGUCAGCGCAAAUUCUAACAGGAAAAAACCUGUUGCAUGCCUGUGAGUCUAAGGAAGAAGUGAAUUAGAAUGAACACCCCUUAUAGGAUAAUGUGUCAAGACAUGAUUUGAUGGAGGAAAGUAAGCCGUCCACAAUAUAGUGAUAGAUGGCCACGCCUUAAUAGUGGAGCAUACGUAUGUUAUCUGAGCGUUUUAUUAAUCUUUGAGCAGAAUUGAUUGUUUUUCCCAUGUUAAGCUAGUCAAAGGACAUCUAUAAAAGUACUGGACAGUUCUGUUAGUUUUAUAAUAUGAGGUAAGUAGUGAGUUCUACAUUGUAUUUUCCCCUUAUAUGGAUUUGGUUUUAUACUUUUAUGCAUGUUGUUUGUCAUUAACAGUGUUGUUUGUAUACUGAACUUUUGUGAAGGCUGUUUCCUCUUGCCACUUGGUAAGGUCCUACUUUGUAAUCAAUGUCAAUCCCCAUGGGGUGAUGUUCUCUCGGAAUAAAAGCUGAAAUCAAGCGAC